AUGGUAAUCAAAACAAAACCAAUCGUUCGCUCGGCUCCAGACAUCUCGCAAUCGGUGGCUAUUGUCAACGGAUCCGAUGAGACAAUGCCAUCGCACGUGUGUCAUAUGUGGUGUCCAUGCGUUGCGGUGUGUCUUCACUGUGGAUGCGAUGCCACCGAUUGCGAGAUGUCUGGAGCCGAGCGAACGAUUGGUUUUGUUUUGAUUACCAUUUUAUUGGUUUGGAGACAAUCGGCGGCCAAAGCGGCGGACCAGCCUUCGGAUGGCCAGUCAUCAGCGGUUCCCGACGCCCACCGACGCAUUGAGUUCGUGUCACAACACAUGCGGCUAUGGCUGCAGACUGUGGCCAAAGAGGAGUUGGGCGUCAGUCACGUCCAGCGCACGUACGAUACGCUCAAUACUGUCACUCAAGACAUCGCUUACGACGACAUUGUGGCCGAUAUUACGCAAAAGAUGACGAAGAAGUUGGAGGACUUGACGGCUGUGUUGGAGGAGACGGCCGAUCGGGUGAAAGAGCUCUUCCAGGUGUACACGAAGACCGGCGAGAUUAAGACGUUGAGGACGUGUUGCGACCAACGGCUGUAUGCGGUGAUGCAAUUUGAUCCGCACUUCAACACACAGAUCACGAGAGCCACAUCUUGCGAUACGGCGCCCAACACAGGGAGCGACCAGUUCUCGCCCGGCGUUAAUCUGACGGAACAGUUCCGCUCCAAUCUGGACAACUGGCCCAACAUUAAGUGGCAGUACUUUAUGUCCGUUUGGGGCGUUCACACCGAAUACCCGGCGUAUAUGCCGUCACCAAACAGUUGCCUCAAUCAAGACAUCAAUGAUGUCAACGCUAAUCCGAGUCGUUUACAAUACGAUAACUUAAACAAUGAAGAGUCGCUACAACGGCAUCGAGACAUCUAUAUGGCCACAGUUCUGCCUCAACCCAAACACAUAGUGCUGGUGAUCGACAGGGGCUCUGCCAUUACGGCCCACCAGUUGUCUAUCGCCAAAGCCAUUGCCAAAUACAUACUUAACUCACUGUCGCAUAACGAUAAGGUCGGCUUAAUAUCGCUCUCAAGUGAUAUCAGUUACCCGAAUAGCGAUACGUGUCUCACAAAGCGUAUGGCCAACGCCAACAUUGAGACCAAAUACCACUUCCAGAGGUUUAUCGAUGGUCUCCAGCGGACCAAUGAGAAUACGAAUCACGUUUGGGGACUCAAAAAGGCCUUUCAAAUGAUUUCCAACACUUUUCAGGACACUAAUACCAAUGAGCUUAACCCGAGCCCAUCCGAAGCGCUUAUCGUUUAUAUAAGUCGCGGCCUAUUGUCCGCCUUAACCGACGCCCGACUUGUGAUGGAAUUGAUAGCCAAAGAGAUUAACAAUAGUUACGAAAAUAACUACUCGUUUGUGAUAAACUCAUACGCGCUGAUCGACGACACGAAACCCGUUAUGUAUGAAAUCGAUUUUCUCCGAGAGAUCGCAGAAAUGAAUUUUCCAAAGUUUAACGUCUUAUCGCCGGAUCCGACAAGAAUUAGGCCGGGUAUUAUGGUGGCCGUCAACUCGACCGAGAACUUGAGCUUCACGUUGAGCGGCAUCUAUUCGGUGCUGACCCGACCCACGCACUCAUCUAUUUAUAUAUCGCUUCCUUAUUGGGAUGUCAUCAGCAAAGAUGUACACAUAUCUGUCAGUAAGUCAGUCAUACAUAGGGGACAACUGAUUGGAGUGAUAGCUCUGGACAUAUCGCUGUCAGACCUGUCCGAAGACAUUAUCCAUUAUGAGGUCUCUCCGGACUCUUACGCCUUCCUUAUCGAGAAGAGUAACGGCAUUGCUAUACAUCACCCGUCGUUCAGUCCGCCAUCGCUGCAAACUCACGACCAACUGAUCCAUACGGACAUCGAACACAUCGAACAAAAGGCUGGCUUUCAAACCAUUCGGACAAAGAUAUUGAAGAAUACCAAAGGAAUGGAAGCGCUUAUUGCGGACGACAAGAACAAAACACAUUUAACUUAUUAUUGGCGUCGAGUCCACUCUUCGCCCUAUAUUGUAGUCAUCGCUGCCUAUAAUAACGUCGAUCGCAGACAUACCAUAACCUCUCCGCUCGCCAAAGACGCCCACUUUGCGUACCAUCGGCUGGACCUGAAUGCCAGUCCACCCAAACUUUGUCGGCAUUUAAAACAAUUGGCGACAAUUGAAACGGCGACUCUAUUCCUGUCUUCCAAAGCAUUCAUCUCUCCGUUCGCUAACGAUAUGCUCGAAGAGAGCACUCAUAUUGUGCAGCGAUAUAUGGCUUAUCUGAACGACAACACGAAACUGAUCGCCAAUCCGGGCCUUAAGGGUGCGGUGAGGGGUGAAGUGCAUGCCGUCACUCGUGUCACUCAGUAUUGGAAGUCGAAACUGGAGUCGAGCGAAAUGUCCAAAUUUAUCGUCAGGAAAUAUAUGGCGACACCCAAUGGUGUGUUCCUCCUAUUCCCGGGCGCUCUCAUCGACAAGUCCUUUGAGCCCACGCGACGGGAAUGGUAUUUGAAAGCCGUGAAGAAUGCCGGGAAGAUUGUGUUCACCGCUCCCUAUCUGGAUGUGGGCGGCGCCGGCUAUAUAGUGACCCUCAGCCACACUAUACACGCCCAGAACGGCGACCCCAACGCCGUGGCCGUGAUUGCCAUGGAUUUUACUUUAGGGUAUUUCCAUAAGUUCCUGCAGACGCACAUGGGAUCCAUUUGCAGGACAGAGCAGAUCGCGUGCUUCAUAAUGGACGACAGGGGUUACCUCAUCGCUCACCCCUCGCUCGUCGAGCCCAUACAGUUGGCACCGAUAGAGCAGCAGCACAUCACCCAUAAGGAGCCACUCGUGGCCAACGAUUUGCUUCAUCACAACUCAUUUGUCGAGAAGAAUGUUUGCAACAGUUUCAUUGACCGAACGAUUCAGCGCUUCUAUAAUUUUAAUACAAGUCUUACGGGUGUCCUCACGAAUCCGAUCCAUGACUGCGGCAAAUACUACAUCACAUCCGUCGCCGACACCAAUGUGUUCAUCGGUAUUGUUAACCAUACGUGCGAUUCAGUGACGGCUUUCUGUCCCUGUUCUAUGACGGAUCGUUUGUGUCUAAACUGUCACCGAAUGGAACAGACGGACUGCGAGUGCCCGUGUGAGUGCCCGCUCGAAAUGAAUCUCUGCACCGGACAGCUGUUUGAUGAAGAGGAUCACAAUCCCAGUUGUCCGCCGAUUCCCGAACCCAUACGAGCGGUUCCCUUAAUGAGACAUACAUUGGAUUCAAUUAAAAGCUGUUUUGAAAUGAGUUGUUUCGAUAAGAAGAGUGAAAACGACUGUUUGGGUCUAUUGGGUUGCGAAUGGUGUCAAUUGGACCGAAACGGCGAAACACCGCUUAAGAACCCGUACUGUAAUUAUCAAAGUCGAUGCUUCGGCGGUAUUCUGGGCGCUAAGACUCCGUACGCGGACGAGAUAUCAGACAUGAUGUUACCGCACGAGGACUACAUACCGAUGGGCAGCGCACCCGUCGGUCCGGUGGCCGGCGGUAUAAUGAUAUGCUUUAUAGUGUUGGCCCUAUCGGUGUACUGUUACCGAUACCACUCGACACGUCACGGCCCGCACUACAUGACGUCCAUCGUUGACAACGGCGUCAAUCACUCGCACUUUGACAACGAGUACGACGACAACGAGGUUCAAGACGUGGAGAUAAUGCCGGCGAUCGCGCCCAACAACGCGCACGAGGACUCAGAACUGGGCGGACCCACGUUUAUGGAGCCCUUACUAGUCGGCAGAGACAAGACUCGUCUACUGAACACGAGCUCGCAGUCGGACGCGGCCACCAACUCGUCGUCGCGCACGUCCUCCCCGUCACUCAUCGGACAAACCAUAUUCAAGACCAGCCCUAAGCCUAUGCCCACAACAAUACUGGAAGUGCCUAACAAUGUGUUGGCUCAGGUACAGGUGCACACCGUCGACACCCACUGA